AUGGGGGACGAAGCCAAAGCCUUGGGUGGAGGUGGGACACAUGGGGAGACCAAAAUGGCACUGAGGCCCAUCAAGACGAAGAAACAGCUGGACACCCUGUUGGGGGAGGAAGACGAGAACCUCAUCGUGGUCUUCUUCGCGGCCAAGUGGUGUGGCAACUGUACCAGCAUCAAGCCAUUCCUCAGGCAACGUUCUCAGCAGCAUCCCAACGUGGUCUUCGUGGAGGUCGACGUGGAUGAGUCGGAGGAACUGGCCCGAGGGUCGGGGAUCACCUGUAUGCCCACCUUUCACUUCUACAAGUGCCAGACCAAAGUGGGGGAGUUCUCAGGAACCAAGAGGGAGAAGCUGGACCGUCUGAUCAUGGAUCUCAAAUAA